AUGGAACAGUUACAGACAGAUUUGGAGACACUUCGACAAGAACGACCCGUACCCAUCGCAUUCGAGGCGACCCGGAACCAUGAAGAAGAAAUCCGUGCGCUGCUCCAAGGACAGCUAGAGGAAUCUGAGACAAGGGCUGAGCUAAAGCAUUUGAGGGCUCUGGAGCAACUUAGAGUUGAGCAUCAAGAGGCGAUCCACCGAGAACAGAAUGAAGUGGACAGAGAGCGACGACAAGCUCAAGAGAGGGAACAAACCCUGACUGAUGCGUUUGAAUUAGAGAAGUAUAAUCUACAAGGACAAUUGGAAGCAGUUACUGCUGAACUACGAUCACUUCAGGAAGAAGUUGACUCGGAGGAUGACCCGUCUAUUGAUGAUGAGGCGGAGGUUAGACAUACCACACCGCUAGAGAGGGCAGAACCCUCAAGUACCCCCCAUAUGGAGAGAGGUACCGACCCUAUCCGAAGAACUGAAGAUCGAGGAACUGAAAGAGGAACUGAAAGAACUCGAGGAACUGAAAGAAGAACUGAAGACCGAGGAACUGAAGACCGAGGGACUGAAGGAAGCACUGAUCGAGGAACUGAAAGAACUACCGAUCGAAGAACUGAAACUGAUACACGAAGAACAGAGCCACCAGGAGGAGAGGAACGACUGCUGCCCCCUGCUGGAAGAGAGUCUCCUAGUGAGUCAUUACUUGUAGCGACAAUGACAAGGCUUUUGGAAGCUCACACAGAGGCAAUUGCUGCCCAAACACAAGCUACAGCUGCCCAGCACCUACCACCCCUAAAGGCCUUUACCGGUGAAGGGAAACAAAUGGAAGAAGAUGGAUUCGAGCGUUGGAUUGAACAGUUUGAAGAACGAGCUAAAGUUGCCGGAUGGAGCACUGAGCAAAAGUUACAUCAGAUUAAAUUGUUAUUGGAGAAAACGGCUCUGAGAGUUCUCCGUGCUCUCCCAGACACGGACCAGAGUCAGUACCAGAAGGUAGUUGAUGCCUUACGAGCCCGCUUCAAGGCUGUCGAUAUUGAAGAACUUAGAGGCAUGGAGUUCCAUCAUAAAGUCCAGAGAGAUGAGUCGAUAGAUAGGAUUGGAGCUUCAAGCACUAGGGCGCAAAGCGUUCCCAUCAAUUCAAGGCCGAGAGUUUGA